CGCGCGUGUGCCCGGGGGUGCGCGCCUGUGCGCGCCGGUGUGUGCAGGACCCGACCCGCGGCCCCAUUGUGUGUCCGCUCGCGGCGCCCGGGAACAUGUGGGUGAACCCCGAAGAGGUGCUGCUGGCUAACGCGCUGUGGAUCACCGAGAGGGCCAACCCCUACUUCAUCCUGCAGCGGAGGAAGGGGCACGCGGGCGAUGGAGGCGGCGGCGGCGGAUUAGCGGGCCUUCUCGUGGGUACCCUUGAUGUUGUGCUGGACUCCAGUGCCCGGGUGGCUCCUUACCGAAUCCUUUACCAGACUCCAGACUCUUUGGUCUAUUGGACCAUCGCCUGUGGCGGUUCCAGAAAAGAAAUCACCGAACACUGGGAAUGGCUUGAGCAGAAUCUACUGCAGACACUCUCCAUCUUUGAAAACGAGAAUGAUAUCACCACAUUUGUGAGAGGAAAAAUACAGGGCAUCAUUGCAGAGUAUAACAAGAUCAAUGAUGUGAAGGAAGAUGAUGACACGGAGAAGUUUAAGGAGGCCAUUGUGAAAUUCCACAGGCUGUUCGGGAUGCCCGAGGAAGAGAAGCUCGUCAACUAUUACUCUUGCAGCUACUGGAAGGGGAAGGUCCCCCGUCAGGGUUGGAUGUACCUCAGUAUUAACCACCUUUGCUUUUAUUCUUUCCUUAUGGGAAGGGAAGCCAAGCUGGUGAUCCGGUGGGUGGACAUCACACAGCUUGAGAAGAACGCCACGCUGCUUCUGCCUGAUGUGAUCAAAGUGAGCACGAGGUCCAGUGAACAUUUCUUCUCUGUAUUUCUCAACAUCAAUGAGACCUUCAAGUUAAUGGAGCAGCUCGCUAACAUAGCCAUGAGGCAACUCUUAGACAAUGAGGGAUUUGAACAGGACAGAUCCUUGCCCAAACUGAAAAAGAAGUCUCCUAAAAAAGUGUCGGCUCUAAAACGCGAUCUCGACGCCAGGGCAAAGAGUGAGAGAUACCGUGCACUUUUCCGGCUGCCCAAAGAUGAAAAACUAGACGGCCACACAGACUGCACUCUCUGGACUCCAUUCAACAAAAUGCACAUUUUGGGGCAGAUGUUUGUGUCCACGAAUUACAUCUGCUUUACCAGCAAGGGGGAGAACCUGUGUAGCCUCAUCAUCCCACUCCGUGAGGUGACGAUUGUGGAAAAGGCAGACAGCUCCAGCGUACUCCCCAGUCCUUUAUCCAUCAGCACCAGGAACAGGAUGACCUUCCUAUUUGCCAAUUUGAAAGAUAGAGACUUUCUGGUGCAGAGGAUCUCCGAUUUCCUGCAACAGACAACCUCCAAGAUAUACUCGGACAAGGAGUUUGCAGGCAGCUGUAACAGUUCAGAUGAUGAGGUAUAUUCUCGGCCCAGCAGCCUCGUCUCCUCCAGCCCCCAGAGAAGCACGAGCUCCGAUGCCGAUGGAGAGCGCCAAUUUAACCUGAAUGGCAACAGCGUUCCCACAGCCACACAGACCCUGAUGACCAUGUAUCGGCGGCGGUCUCCGGAGGAAUUCAACCCGAAAUUGGCCAAAGAGUUUUUGAAGGAGCAAGCUUGGAAGAUUCACUUUGCUGAGUAUGGGCAAGGGAUCUGCAUGUACCGCACAGAGAAAACACGAGAGCUGGUGUUGAAGGGCAUCCCGGAGAGCAUGCGGGGGGAGCUCUGGCUGCUGCUGUCAGGUGCCAUCAAUGAGAAGGCCACACAUCCUGGGUACUAUGAAGAUCUAGUGGAGAAGUCCAUGGGGAAGUAUAAUCUGGCCACAGAGGAGAUUGAGAGGGAUUUACACCGCUCCCUUCCAGAACACCCAGCUUUCCAGAAUGAAAUGGGCAUUGCUGCUCUAAGGAGAGUCUUAACAGCUUAUGCUUUUCGAAAUCCUAACAUAGGAUAUUGCCAGGCCAUGAAUAUUGUCACAUCCGUACUGCUGCUUUAUGCCAAAGAGGAGGAAGCCUUCUGGCUGCUGGUGGCUCUGUGUGAGCGCAUGCUUCCUGAUUACUACAACACCAGAGUUGUUGGUGCACUGGUGGACCAGGGUGUCUUCGAGGAACUAGCACGAGACUAUGUCCCCCAGCUGUACGACUGCAUGCAGGACCUGGGCGUGAUUUCUACCAUCUCCCUGUCUUGGUUCCUCACGCUGUUUCUCAGCGUGAUGCCCUUUGAGAGUGCAGUUGUGGUCGUGGACUGUUUCUUCUAUGAAGGAAUCAAGGUGAUAUUCCAGUUGGCCCUGGCUGUGCUGGAUGCAAAUGUGGACAAACUGUUGAGCUGCAAGGAUGACGGGGAGGCCAUGACUGUUUUGGGAAGGUAUUUAGACAGUGUGACCAAUAAAGACAGCACCCUGCCUCCCAUCCCUCACCUCCACUCCCUGCUCAGUGAUGACGUGGAGCCCUACCCUGAGGUAGACAUCUUCAGACUCAUCAGAACGUCUUAUGAGAAAUUUGGAACCAUCCGGGCAGAUUUGAUUGAGCAGAUGAGAUUCAAACAGAGACUGAAGGUGAUCCAGACACUGGAGGAUACUACAAAACGGAACGUGGUCCGAACAAUUGUGACAGAAACUUCCUUUACCAUUGAUGAGCUAGAAGAACUUUAUGCUCUUUUCAAGGCAGAGCAUCUCACCAGCUGCUACUGGGGCGGGAGCAGCAAUGCGCUGGACCGGCACGACCCCAGCCUGCCUUACCUCGAACAGUAUCGCAUUGACUUUGAGCAGUUCAAGGGGAUGUUUGCUCUCCUCUUUCCCUGGGCCUGUGGAACUCACUCGGAAGUGCUGGCCUCCCGCUUGUUUCAGUUAUUAGAUGAAAAUGGAGACUCUCUGAUAAACUUCCGAGAGUUUGUCUCUGGGCUAAGUGCUGCGUGCCACGGGGACCUCACAGAGAAACUCAAACUCCUAUACAAAAUGCACGUCUUGCCCGAGCCAUCCUCUGAUCAAGACGAGCCAGAUUCUGCUUUUGAAGCAACUCAAUACUUCUUUGAAGAUAUCACCCCAGAAUGUACACACGUGGUUGGGUUGGAUAGCAGAAGGAAGCACGGUGCAGAUGACGGCUUUGUUACAGUGAGUCUCCAACCCGACAGAGGGAAGAGGGCAAAUUCUCAAGAAAAUCGUAAUUAUCUGAGACUCUGGACUCCAGAAAAUAAAUCUAAAUCAAAGAACGCAAAGGAUUUACCCAAAUUGAAUCAGGUAGGUGUUUAACAUUUCAGUUCAUUCAUUUCGAACGUUGAAGCUCUGUUUUCCAGUCACAGAAAAAUGUAGCGUUAAGUCCCCCUCAAAGAGAAUGGUAAC